AUGCCACAAGAUAACCAAGAGACAGAGCAUCUAUUAGACGAGAAUUCUCACUAUGACAGUCUCAGCGAUCAACACAAUGAUUCUGACUACGAAGAUGAUGACAUCACUUACAUCAAGCAACAAAUCAAACAAAAUGCUACAAAGCCUUUCUACAAACGACCAAGUGUCUUUGCUGUUAUUUUUUUGAUAGGAUUGCUCACGCUAAGUUCAUCAAGUGCAGAAGGCUCUCGUCAAUCACUAAUCUAUGCCAAAGCGUUGGAGUCUACAAAAAGUGAAAAAAAGGUCCCCUACAUUGUUGCUCGAUUUAAUCAAUAUUUCUUGGUUGGAACUACUGCCACUGCAUUGGUACCAAUUGCCAAGUUCGGUGAAGUUUCCAGUGUGUAUGGUAGGAAGCUUUAUUUUGUGAUGGUUAUAAUCACUAUAACUGUAUCACGAAUGCUUCAAUACUACCUUUUCAGAAACUACACCGGCUUGCAAUUUGGGAAAUUGCUUUUGGCCAAUUAUGUAUCCUGUUUAUUUGGCGGAGUGAACAUCAUAGGAGCAUUGACAGAACUGUACGUUUCAGAUUUCACCCUACCUGAAAGCAGGAUAUUUCAGUUUGGGUUGGCGUCAUCAGCAACAUUUAUUGGUCAACUGAUUGGUCCAUUGAUAGGUACGCUGAUUGGUAAGUGGGCUGAGGGGAAAUUAAAUUCUGGAAUUAGUGAAGCUGACUUCACAAUAUUGAGGUUUGAACUUGUGGUUUUGCUUGUACUACUGGUUUAUGUUGUCACCUUGUUCCCUGAGUCAAGAAAUGAGCUAGCAAGAGAGAGGUCAGAAGAGCAGUUGGUGGAGCAAGAGCUAGAGGAAGAGGGAGAGGAAAGAGAUGACACAUCAGACCUUGACACGAAUGUCAAUCGAAUCGUGUUGUAUCAAAUAUUCAAAAGUUUUGACAUAAUACAACCUAUGAAGAUUUUGACGUAUCCAGGUGGAGUUGCAAAAGUCAAUAAAAAGCAUGGAUUACUUGAAUUACGGUUUGUUGUUGUCUCAUUGGUGCUCAUUUACGCAUUGUAUCAAACUUUGCUAUUUUCAUUGAAUCAAGUGGUUAUUGAGUAUGGGCAAUACCAGUUUCAUUGGAAUUCAGACAACAUUUCCUACUUGUUAUCGACAAUCUCCAUAUCACGAGCUAUCUCACUUGUAUUUAUCUUACCAUUUUUUGAGAAAACAUUGUUGAAGAAGACAUUUGCUUUGAAAUCAAUGAACCGCCUGUUUGAUAUGGUUGAGUACGUUCUUAUGUUAUUAUCAUUUGGAGUUGCCAUUUUUGUGUUUUUGGCAUUCUACUCAGCUAAUAGUAAAGGCUUUUACAUUGCUGCAGGGUGCUUCUCAUUUGACGCUUUGAUUGGACCAGUGUUCGAUUCCACAAUAAUCAAGUUUUUCCCCAAUUCUAGCUCAGGUCAAGUAUAUGGUGCAAUCACGUUGCUCGUAUCAUUAAUGAACUUGGUGUCACCAAUACUAAUCACUUGGAUCUACGAAUUGGCAUUGAAUGUCGGACACGCCAAUCUUGUGUAUUUAUUUUAUGCCUUUUGGAUGGGACUUUUCAUUCUUGUUAUUUACUUGUGUAAACGGGUUUUGCAUUUAAACAGAACGACAACUGACAAAGAGCUUAAAAGGAUUGAUAGUGAUGGCUGCAGUCCAUAA